CCUUAGACGGGACGCCGGCCGCCCGGCAACGGGAUGGCGUCAGCUCCGGGGCGGGUCCGGAAGAGGCGGCUGUUGUGCUGAGCCGCCAUGGUGUGCGAGAAGUGUGAGAGGAAGCUGGGCACGGUGAUCACUCCUGAUACGUGGAAGGAUGGGGCGAGAAACACCACAGAAAGCGGUGGCCGAAAGCUGAACGAAAACAAGGCAUUGACCUCAAAGAAAGCAAGGUUUGAUCCUUAUGGAAAGAACAAAUUUGCAAUAUGUCGUAUUUGUAAGAGUUCUGUCCAUCAGCCUGGGUCUCACUACUGUCAAGGAUGUGCCUAUAAAAAAGGCAUCUGCUCAAUGUGUGGCAAGAAGGUCUUGGAUACGAAGAACUACAAGCAAACUUCUGUCUAAUUACAUUGAUCAGUUUUUCAUGAACUUCUGACUUCUGCAUCUUUGUACAUUUACCUUUGUCCAAUAUUGUUGAUGAAUAUUACUUUCUGGAAGAUAAUACACUUACUUGGAAUGAGUUUAGGGGAGAAGACAGCCUGGCUGUUUCUGUAGAAAUGAACACGAUAUUUGAUUUUUGUUGUUCCAGCGCUAAUGUUAAUAUUUAAAGGUAAUGGUUUGCAGCAGCUGAUACAGCUCAAAAUGGUAGGUUGAAACUGUGUUACUAUCAUACUAUCAUCCUUGAGAUUAGCACUUAUUGUUCUGUUGUCCUGUCUUGAAUCUUCUGCUUGUCUGGUGGUAAUACUUAACAGGUACAUAAAAUAUGAGCUUAUAUCACGUCUUUAGAGUACUAUCGUUAAUUAGUCUGUGCUUAUAGGUAUUUAUAUUUUUACUCAUCCCUAACCAUUAUGUCCUGCACUUUGAAGUGCUCAUUUUCAGAGCUUAAUUCUAUUGUUCUGAUCCAACAGUAGGGUUUGUUGAAUCGCAAGCUGUUAAACUACUGAAAUGCAGUGUGUUGCUGCAAAAGUAAGAACUGGCAGAGUAAGAUUGAUUAGCUAUUCCCCUGUCAAAUCCUAAGUAGAUUUUGGAUACGGCAUCUGGUGGCCCAAGGCAAUAAAAUAAUGAGCAUCAA